AUGACAGACUUAAAUAACAGUUCAGAAUUCUUCCAAACAUUUGAUUCGAUUAGAGAUGCUUGUGAAAAUAAUGUAAAUGUUUGCGAGAGCUGGUACAAUGAUGAUGUUACAGUUCACAUCAUGUAUGACAGCAUUGAUGGGCAUGAUAUUGAGGGAGCUGAUGUUGAUGGUUAUGAUGUUGAUAGUUAUGAUGUUGAUUGGGGUGAUGUUGAGAGUUGUGAUGUUGAAGGAAGUGGUAUGGAUAGUAAUGUUAUUGAUGGGAAUAAUGUUGGUGGGAAUGCUGUUGAUGGGGUUGAUGGCAAUGACAUUGAUAGGAUAGGUGGUAAUUGUUAUGCUGCUGAUGAUGGACCUGCUGUUGAUGGGGUUGAUGUUAAUGGUUAUGAUGAUGAUGCGGUUGAUGGCAAUUAUGUUGAUGGGGGAGAUGUUAAUGGUAAUGAUGAUGAUGUGGUUCAUGUCAAUGAUGUUGACGAGGGAGGUGUUUAUUGUUAUGAUGCGGAUGUGGUUGAUGGCAAUUCUGUUGAUGGUGGAGGUGUUAAUGGUUAUUACGCUGAUGUGGUUGAUGGCAACGAUGAUGAUGAUGAUGGUAGUGGUGUUAAUGGUUACGAUGCUGAUGUCGUUGAUGGCAAUGAUGUUGGUGUUAAUGGUUAUGAUGUGGUUGAUGGGGGAGGUGUUAAUGGUUAUGAUGUUGAUGUGGUUGAAGGCAAUGAUGUUAAUGGUGAUGACGCUGAUGUCGUUGAUGGCAAUGAUGUUGAUGGGGUUGGUGUUAAUGGUUAUGAUGUGGUUGAUGGGGGAGAUGUUAAUGUAUCGCUGUGUAACCAGGCAAACCAGGAUGGAGAAUAUAACAAUUCCCAGCUUAAGACUCCAUCCUAUGGUGUUACAAUAUGUGAAAGCGUUGCCAAGGAUUGA